ACUAGCUACAGUUCAACAAGAAGCAAAAUCGACGUAAGAGGAAGGAUCGGGAUACGACGCGCGAUCAUAUCGAACUCGGAAGUCGAUAUCAUCAGUGAAAGAGACUUAUCAGUUAAAGAAAUCCCCGCGAAAGAUAGAGGGGGAGGAGAGAAGAGGCAACAAGUGUGUGACAGAAUUCGGUGUCAGAAUCGGUUGUAGACUCUUGUGGCACAAUUAGCGAUUGACUCGUUGACCGAUUUCUGUUCGUUUAACGCAAAUUUGUCUGUGGUGCGCGCGAAGAUGAAUCUGUCAGUCGGCACGCCGAUUCUGUGCGUCCUGCUCGCGGUCCUGCUGUCGGAAACGGUGCACGCCAGGCCGGCCGAUUGGCUACUGAGUCGGCAGAAGCGCCUUUCCGAUCAAAGACUCGCUGAACUCGAGACACUUUUAGCGCUGCAAAAUGUGAAGGGCGUAGUGGUUCCCGUAGGAUUCGGAAAAGUAAACCCAGCUAUGAUAGGCCGUAAACGGAGAUCCAUCUCGGAAGAUAAUUUUCGAAAAUUGCAUCAUCUUUUGCUGCUCAUUGCUCAAGAUGCGGAAUCAACUGCAGACCAAUCCGAUCAGAUUCGUCCUUUACCGUGGAAGGAAGAUCCGCGGGAGGAACAAAGGGACUAUCAGUUGAUUUAAUUCGGAGACUCGGUGUCGCUCGAGAACGAGGCGAAAGUCAGGAAAGAGAGACGGAAGAGAGACAACGGGGGAGGAACGAUCGUGCGAGAAAGAGAGGGAGACAGGAAGGAGAAAGUAGAACAAUUAACAAAGAUACACACAUAUCCACACACACAUAUACACAUAUACAUAUGUGCACGCAUAUUUAAUUUGAUCUCUCAGCCAUGAUCCGUCGACAACGCACUCUACUACGGACUAGCCUCCGUCUUCCAAUUUCUUUAUAAACUUUCGCCUUAACGGGAUGCUGGAGUGACGGCCAAACUUCCUCGAUGUCGAUAAUGUCAACAUUUUUAAUUUUGUUUUUCCUGUAUCUGUCUUUGUCUAACGAAAUGACAUCUGUCCUUGUUCGAUUGCUGCGCAAUCUCUCGCUACACGCAAUACUACUCAUCAUAUCAACCUCCAUGUGCUUUUGCAUAUAUAAAAGCACAUAUAACUUUUUUUCUAGACUUUUAUCUUAGUUCUAAUUGCACGAUAUUGUUCUUAAGCAAAUAUUAUCAGUGACAGGUCUAUGUGCCGAAAUUUUUAAUUUUUUUUUGUUUUUAAUGUAAACUCGACUGCAGCACCCUCCGUUUUUGUACGUACUUUAAUUCUGUAAAAAAGCUUUUUCAAUUCCGUAAACCCAAUUCAAAGUUUCGUGUGUACAAAAAAAUGUCGGUAAUUACUGGCCACUACAGCAUCCCCUUAAGAAAUAAGUAAUUAACUAUCGCGCGUAACGCGCGUAACGUGCGGAGGACCUGGACGGCAACAGCGGGAGAUAACGAAAGCGUACGGCAAAUUACCGUGCAAAGUGCUGCAUCCUUAGGGGAGGAAAGCGGCACGAUCGUGUCCAGACUGCGUUCUUUAUUUAAGUAUUCGAGACUUAACGAGAAAACAGUAUUUUACAUGUGAACGCCGUCUUAGUAUUCGUGUGACAUAAUGUGACAAUUCGCAAGAUACGUUCUCGAUAACGCGUCGGACGAAUCUUCGCCUCCUCUCGCCGGCGAAAUCUCGAUUUUAUUUAAUUCUUGAUUAAUUGAUUUCUUCAACUGCCGCCUUCAUUAUGCAAGGCGCUUGGAUCUUCUCAUAUUCUCUAAAAGUCAAAGAGUGAAAUAUAUCACUCACAACGAGUGAAAUGCAAGUGUAACGAAAAGUGAAAAUUGAGCCUGUGCACUUUGAAUAAUUCGCCACUCUUAGGAAAGAGUAAAAUUGCACUCCAUUUUAGUGAAAGGGCACUUUUUGCGAGUGCAGUAGAUCAGUGUCCGCAGGAGUGAAUUAUGUCACUCCACAAUUUUAAGUGGAAAAUUUCACUCUGUUAGAGUCAUUUAUCAGCCAAUCUUUAGUAAAUCGUGAUUCACUAUAGCUUUAGAAUGAGAUCGUAUCACUCCGGUAGAGUAACGGCUCUAAAAAUUUGAAUUCCCGGAUUUACUCAAAUCAGAGUGACAACCCUUUCUUUUAGAGUGACUAUCGCAAUCCCUUUAAAGUGUCGUCUACAAUGGCAGCAGGAGUAAUGGAUUAAGAUUAUAAGACGUCAGAGUAAGUUGGUUUCGUAAAGUAAAGCCAUAAGUGAAAUUUGAGUAGAACGUAGAAAAUGGGAUUCAACCAUUUCGCUUACGGCCAUACUCUAUGUCCUUUUACACGAGAAAAUCAACUUACUCUGACGUCUUAUAAUCUUAAUCCACUAUCACUGAGAGAAAUGUUUUGUUGAAACAACCAAAAUUUUAUUACUGUAACAAAAUUUUGGUUGUUUCAAUAAAACUCAACAAAACAUUUCUCUCAGUGUACUCUUGCUGCCAUUGUAAACAACGCUUAAUAUAUUAGUGGCAAAACCACUUUAUGAUAAAUUUAGAGAUAAAGAAAGCGCAAGCUCAUUCCAAUCCGCUUUCGUUCGACCGCGUUGGAUUCAGUCGAUCGCUGCGUAACAUGCAAAACGCUCAGAUGGAAAAUCUCGUGAGAAAGUGCAAAAUCAUUAUAACCGGCUUUUCUCGAUCGCGUCGGUUUCUUCCGCGCGAGAGACGCGCAAUUACGACAAACGCACGGUCAUUCGGCCUUGAAGAGGAACAUUUGCAGUUUCACUUUUCUAAAACGUCGACGUCUUACGGUGUCAUGAAUCUCAAAUGCCUCAUAAUGAUUUUGCCGCUAAUUGACUGAAUCCAACGCGGAAUCUUAACGCGAUGUAACCACGAUCGAUCGUGUUGUCUUUCGAAUAGAUUUCUCGAUUUAUUCCUCCUCCGAGGAAUAAAUUGAGAACAGCGCAAUUGUGAUGCGAACGACGUUUGUUAAGAGACUCUUGCGAAUUUACCUUGGCGAGUUUUGAACUAAGGCGAUUAUUUUUUCGCAGACGAUUUACGUCGAAAUUACGCAAAAGAUCAGGAUUAAUGUUAAUCGUGGAUUUUAAAGCCCUAAGCGUCGCGAUGCGAGAGGCAUGUAUUGCAUUCCGGGCUCGGCCAUGUACAUUUAUGUAUUCUUAUUUAGUUUCUUUUUUGUUCUUUUUACAACGUUGAUAGAAUGAUAGAGCGAUAAUUUACGUUAGACUAGAGGAACGUACAUCUGUUAUGGUUAAAGCCCGAAACGUGGUCAAUCCUAGAAUUGACUAACCAAUUCUGCCAAACGGUCAAGCAUCUUGGUCAAAGUUUUGUAGUAAUUUGUUGAUAUGUGUGUAUAAACAGUACACAAAUAGGCGCGUGAGGGCCUGCGGCGGGGCCCCUUCCCCGCAUAAAACUAAUCAAAAUCCCAGCCUGAUGCUCCUGAACUCCCACCUAACUGCUUUAAUCAAGACGCUUGGUUAUUCCUCAGAAUUGACCAGUCAUUCCGCAGAAUUGACCAGUCAAUGCUAGAAAUGCCCGCGUUUCGGGCUUUGACCAUAAAAUAUCGAUGGGAUUCAUCGCGAUGGCGAUGACGGUAUCGAAAGAUGGCCACAGAGUUUAACGCGAUAUCUGAGCUAAUUCGAGCUCUAGGCGAAUUUUAUUUAUUUUCUAAGUUUGAUUUUUGGAGAUUACGUUUAGAUUAUCGUUAGUAUUAAUUGGACUCGCUCUAUGCCCUGCGAGUCCGCGUUCCUUACUACUUAUUGUCAUUUGUAAUGCCCACUGUUUUAGUUGUAUACGUAUUUAUUUAUUUAUUUAUUUAUUUACCUAUUUAUUUAUUUAUUUAUUUUGUUCAUUGGACAUGAUGCACGUGAUUACGCGUGAAUUUUAGGACGUGAUUCUUGACUCUUGUAUCGAGCACCGACAUUCAUUAUCUUUUCUCAUUUAUUAAUCACGUCGUUGGAUUUGAACAAACAUGUAUACGCGAUUGUGAAUGCAAUAAAAGAAUUUAAUCGAUUA